CUCAAUUUCAAUUAAAUGAUUACAAAAUAUAACAUAUAUAAAUCCAUUUCUUAUUAUAUAGGUUCUUCAUUACGUCAAAGAAAAUGUCCUAAUCCUGGACGAUACAUUAUACUUGGACCGUUUGAUAUAUCUACUUCGUUUCAUCAACAACAUCGUAGUGAAAGACAUUCUAGAAUUACUAAAAGAAGAACUUGGCAUGAAGAUGUACCUCAAAAAGAAUUACAUGAACAACAUCAACAAAUACAUCAUCAUAAUCAUCAUCAUCAUCAUCAUCAUCAUCAGCAUCAUCAACAACAACAACAACAACAAUAUGAAGGAGAACAUCAUCAACAACAAAGAGGAGAUUGUAAGAAUACUAAUGUUCAAAUAGGUUGUGUCUCAUCAAAUCAGACAGAAAUUGUUAUUGGAAAAACAUGUGAUACUGAAGAAACAACAUAUUUUUGUCAUGGCAGUUGGGAAGAAAAAGAUAGUUGGUAUACAAUAGUAUCACUAAAAACCAAUCAAGCUUCUUUAAGUUUCGAACAAACUUUUUGUUUCUCUAUGCGAUUUAGUAAUAAUAUAGAAAAAACAUCUAUGACUACAAGAGCGGUUAAAAUGAAAGUCUCUGAACAGAAACUUUGGUUGACUAAAUUAGAUCGCAUCUGUCGUAGAGAACAAGUUGAAGAUGAACGGUCUUAUACACUUAUUAAUCAAGGCAUUUGCGAAGACGUGGAAAAAGCGUAUUCCAGUUUAGCAUCACUUUUUUCUAAUUCUAGAAUCGUAUAUAUCGCAGUUGUAGGAAAUUAUGCUGCAUACAUAUUUUUAUUAAGAUGAUAUGCCACUUCCACGUGAAUUAAUAUUUUUAAUGGAAUUCUUUUUUUAUCUUAUUAAUAAU